AUGUUCUCAACAGCAAGGCCCGGAGCUCCAUUAUACGCACCAUCCAAUCAUAAACCCGGACCUACAUUGGAUCGAGAAAACGAUGUUGAAGCGCUCGACCUCUUUUCGACAAGCUUUUACCGCUGCAGAUCAAUCAGAAUCACACAAAUGCUUCGACCCUCUUGGUGCGCAAGUGCAAUGGUGGAAGAAAGCAAGCAUGGCAUGAUCAAAUGGAAUGAACACUGGAAGAAUUUUCUUAAGAUCACCCCCCCCUUGAUCACUAUCAUAUGCCAAGUACGCAACAUGAUGAAAGCGACUAUCGAAGCUAUUGAGUCUGAUACGUCCAUUAUCAUACCAACCAUCAACUCCUCCUCUACGAGUCCUAUUCCGCCAUCAUUACCUCCUCCAAUCAAGUACCAACGAAAACGCAAAAUCGCUGAAACAGACUCCUAA